UUGAGGUUAGAAAACGUGUGUGAUUUGUUUACAACACGAGGUUUCUCAUCUGCUGUGUAGUUUUGUGGCCAUGGGGAGUCCCCAAUUGACGGAAACCUCAGACACAGAGGCAGAACAGAUACCCAGGAAGUCUAGGAUUAACUACACUUGUCCCUGGGAGGGAUGCAAGAGAGGAUUCCGGCGUGAAAAUGAAUUUGACCGGCACUUCUUCAGUCAUACUGGAAUUAAAAAAUACACCUGCGAAGUGGAGGGAUGCACCAAAAGCUACAUAAUCACUGACCAUCUAAGACGACAUGUGAAAGCUUCUCAUGAAACCAUUGGUCCGGAAGAGAUUUCCUGCUCAGUGCCUGAUUGCACGAUGAUCUUCACCACUAGGAGCAAUAUGAUGAGGCAUUUUAGGAAGAAACAUGAGAAUCCUCGGGUGUUUAGCUGCUUGGACUGUCAGGAGGUGUUCAGGAGGAAGGAUCAGUUGAGGAGGCAUCGAAUGCAGCACACUGGACAGUUUCCUCACGUCUGUGACGUUUGUGGUAAAGGAUUUCUCAAUCUGAAGGCUUUCAAAUCUCAUGGAGUGGUUCAUCGACAACUCAAGUGUCCUCAGUGCGAAGUGAAAGUCAACAACUGGACGGAAUUGGUGACUCAUCGUCGACGAGAGCAUCAGAAGGUGUUCAAAUGUGCUUCUUGCGAUAAGGAAUUCCACACGAAGGGCCGCCUGAGGAGUCAUGAAGUCACUCAUCUGCCCAGAGAACAACAGCCUAGCUUCAUUUGUGACUUGUGCGACCGCGAGUACAGCCGGAAAUCUAAUCUCGCUGCUCACAUUCACACAGUUCAUGAGAAUAAGAAGUUCUCCUGCAAUGUGUGCCAAGCUACUCUGUCCACCAACCGAAGGCUGAAGGAGCACAUCACGAAAAUUCACUCAAAAGAGCCAAAAAAGCCUCGCCAAGCGCCACAGAGACCAAGAAAUAGGAGAAAAGAUGCAGGAAAAUCAAGGAUCUCUAUGGCUUCCAUGCUCGCGGGCGUGUCAGCACCUCCAGAAGUGGAGAAAAUGCUGCUGAAGAAUGAAGGAAACUGUUUGGAGCUGGAUUACUCUCCUGUUCUGCUCAGUGGAUCAGCCACUGACACGGAAUCUGAGAUGGGAUUCCCAUUGUCAGGCAUGCGAGUUACUGUGAAGGGUCAUAUAUAGGAAAUGUAUCAUGAAUUGUCCAAAAGAAAAGUAUAUUUUCAAU